GGAAAUGAAAAAAUUGACGGAUGAUUAUGAUUUAAAGUAAAGACAGAAAGUGAAUGAGACGUCGCGUUUGAAUUAAAAUUUCAAUUAAAAAACUGCAGCGUUGGGUAAAAAGAUUGUUCACACAGAUAAAAGGGAAAAUAAACCAGGAUAAAGUGCAUCAUAUAAGAAUAAGAAACGAUACCCUUGAAAACAGCCUUUGGAAAUCAAAAACGUAUGUUCAUUUGUAUCUGAAAAAUCAAGUGAAAAAUUGCAGGGAAAAGGGAGCGGAAGCAACAGAACAGCAAAAUUAACGUCGUCGCUGCUGCUGUUCGCAUCGCUGCCACCGAGUAUUCGCAGUGAACGUUUUCAUACAUAUGCCAUACGCGGUCUGCUACGUAGACGCUGUGCAUGUGCUGUUGCCUUCUUACGUCGCAGUUUACAGAGUAAAGUGCUAAAAAAGUGUGUGAACGCGGGUAUCGGAGGCUUUGGUGCUGGUCACUUGACACGAGAAAAAAUUUACAGAAUAUUAAAAUAAGAGCAGCAUACAUAUUCGAAUCGUAAAAAAUUAAGGGGCAGCGUGUAAAGAAAGUUCACACGGCAAUGUCGGCAUAUUGCCGAAAUUAACAGUCACCCACCGCCAACCGAAAAUCGCCAAACACUAGCAACAGCAAAGGUGCCCAAAGACAUCAGCGUUAUAUCCACAAGCAAAAGAAAUGCACCACAAACUUCAGUAAGAAACUCAAUUUUGGGCACGUUUGGCAUAUCAUAUACAUGUAUAUAGCAGAAAUUCUUCCAAUUUAAACGUAGACGCUUGUACCCGACAGCACAAGUCCAAGCCUCACACACCCAUUAACGUCGAAAAGCUACCGCCAGCCACCCCUCACAUUGCAGAGCUUAUUGGACAUCUUAUCAGUAGCCGCUAAAGAACCACUGUCGACCGCUGUUCGUACAAAUUAACGAUAAAUCUUAACACACACUAAAGUAUAAAUAUAUCAUAAUACAGUGAAAAAUCUACAAUAAUAAAAAAUAUAGAACAAGAAAUUAAAAAUCUACGAUAAUACACGCGAUUCCUGUUUACUUCUACAGGAAUACUUAUAUAUUUUGUCCGUGGCAUUUGUCGGUGGGUGUUUUGUUGUCACUGCUGCACGUCGCAUGAACUUAACUUGCUGGGCGUUACAAUAACAUAACUAAGCGAUAUGGCACGCGGCUUUGACCAUCUAUUUAAAUUAUUAAUUAUAGGUGACAGUGGUGUUGGCAAGUCAUCAUUACUGAUACGUUUCUCGGACGACACCUUUGCCGGCACUUACAUAACGACCAUUGGCGUUGAUUUCAAGAUACGCACCGUCGUCAUCGAUGGACUGCGCAUCAAAUUGCAAAUAUGGGACACUGCCGGUCAGGAACGCUUUCGCACCAUAACGAGCACCUAUUAUCGCGGCACGCACGGUGUGAUUAUCGUGUACGAUGUGACGAAUGGUGAAUCGUUUGCGAAUGUGCGCCGUUGGUUGGAUGAAAUACAGAAUAAUUGCGAUGUGGUCAAUAAGGUGUUGGUGGGCAAUAAGAAUGACGAUCCCGAUCGGAAGGUGGUCAUCACGGAGGAUGCGCAACGUUUUGCGCGCCAAAUGGAUAUCGAGCUGUUCGAAACAUCCGCCAAAGACAAUAUUGACGUAGAGGAAAUGUUUCUCGCUAUCACACGACAGGUGCUGCAGCAUAAAUUGCGUAACGCACAAAAUGAACAGCAAAAGGACAGUAUCACUUUGAAGAAACAACAAAAGAAUAAACGAAAAAGUAAAUGUUGCAGUUGAAAUGGACGUGUGCUACAUUGUCGCCACAGUUACAGCCGUCAACACCACCACCACAACCAACAACAGCAACAGCGACAUGGUUUUGUGUAGAACGCGCAAUAAAACCACAGUACUCAGCAUAUUUUAAAAAUAUAUAGUAUAUACAAAUAUAUAAGAAAGCAUAUACCACAUACACAUACGCACGUAAACGGA